CCACGCGGUGUCAGAGACCAACGCGCAAGUCGUUGCGACACGAACCCGCCGUGGGUGCAUGGCUGGCGUCCUCUUUCUUGAAUGUUUCGGAUCCCGUCCCUCAUUUGUUGCCGCCGUUCCUGGCCUCCGACUCUCGCAUACGACGCUGGCCCUUGUCCUGUCAGCCUUGCGCAACGUGACUCUCGCGGCGUGAUUCCGAUGUUCGCCUCAGUGAUCUGGCAAGUCCCCCCAGUUGUUGCCAGGCCCAUGGCCCCUCGUCCCUGUGGGUCUCCCAUCUGUCUUCUCCCCUCAGAUUUGUGCUCACUUGUGCUCAUUGGAUCAUGUCAUCUGGCAGCAUGGCUGCGAAACCAGCGAGCACUAUUUUUGUUGGACGCUGCUAUCUGGCAGCAUGACUGCGAGCAUGUCGACGUUGCCUGAACAUCUGAAGGCAGGCUUGCUCAACGGACCAUCUUCCGUCAGGUCGAUGCGAUGGGUGUAGUUGCCGAGACGGCAAUCGUAACUGGAGUGAAACAUUUAGACGAGCAGAUACCUUACGGCUGUCCCUCUGCCACGGUGGACGUGCCGCACGACGCAGAGAAGGGCGAGGUAGCGAAUCUGGCGAGGUCACUGUAUUACACUCGCCAGACUGCGGAGGAACUGGCCCAGACGCCAAACACUCCGCCGAAGGUCGCGAAGUUCGCCGGCGACGUGGCAAGGUACGCCAACGACCUGGAGUUCUUCACGCGGCAGCUGGCGCUUGGCCUCAGGAUGCCAGUGACGGUGGAGCCGCCGUACCUCCCCGUGGACUUGCAGGCGGUUUCGCCGGCCGCGGUCCUGGCCGCGGCCUUCGUGGGCCCGCGCGCGCCCGCGCCGCGGGGAUUCAGCCGGCGCAGCCGCCGGCCUCUCCGAGCGAGGGCGGCGCGCGGGGCACCGGCUUGGCGGUUCCUGUGACAAAGGGCGCCGCGGUCUCCCUCGGCCGUGGGCCGCGCGCCAUCCCGUGGGCGUGGCCUGUGGGGCAGCGCGGAGACAAAGAGCAUGCGC